AUGUUGCUGGCUACUGCUGAUGUUUCUGUACCCGAUUUUAUCAGCUUUUCGGAAUCUGUAUCAUACAAAGGAAAUUUAUCAAUGACAAAUUACUGGUGUUGCAGCCGAGAACUGCGUAUUGCAUCACUGAAGAGCCGACGUUUGGCAGCCGUUCCAGCAAGUGCUCUAGAGGCAUUGCGCAAUAAGCAGAAUCAAUUAGAAAAUGACAAAAAAUCUUUCCAAGCGCAACUCGAGGACAUCAGCAGGCGAGCCAAGCAGCUGGAAGAAUGGGAGGCAAAGCUGAGGAUUCGCGAAGAACAGAUCCAGAAACAAAGGAUAUACGAAGUGAAUAAUUCGGCGCGUCGUUCAUUUGACGUUGCAGGAACAGCGAAUUCGAUGCUUCCGCUUGAUCGAUCACUGUAA